UCGGCUCACUCGGCGCCGCUGCUGGGGCUUCUAGCUGCCCCGCUCCUGCCGGGAGCUGCUGCUCGGUUCCGCCAGGGAAACGGUCUGAGCUGGACCAGCACCGGCUCUGUCCUUUGACAUUCUUGUUUGUGAAGAUGGAAAACUUAAUAUCUCUGGAAUCAAGCUUUUACUUGAGAUAACUGAAACCUUGUGUCGCUAAGCUUACCCGGAAGAACACCCCGAGAUGGCAGAGGAGAGUGGCAGUGGCAAGGACUGUGACUCCUUCAGCGUGCUCAGCUGGGACCAGGUGAGCCGGCUGCACGAGGUCCUGACCGAGGUUGUCCCCAUUCAUGGCCGAGGCAACUUUCCAACCUUGGAGAUCACUCUGAAGGACAUCGUCCAGACGGUCCGUGCCCAGCUGGAGGAGGCUGGUAUCAAAGUGCAGGAUGUCCGGCUGAAUGGGUCUGCCGCGGGCCAUGUCCUGGUCAAGGACAACGGCUUGGGUUGCAAGGACCUGGACCUGAUCUUCCAUGUGGCCCUUCCAGCGGAGGCCGAGUUUCAGCUGGUCAGGGAUGUGGUGCUAUGCUCCUUGCUGAACUUCCUGCCAGAAGGUGUGAACAAACUCAAAAUCAGCCCAGUCACUCUGAAGGAGGCGUACGUCCAGAAGCUGGUGAAGGUCUGCACGGACACUGACCGCUGGAGCCUCAUCUCCCUCUCCAACAAGAACGGGAGGAAUGUGGAGCUGAAGUUUGUCGACUCUAUCCGGCGGCAGUUUGAGUUCAGCGUGGACUCCUUCCAGAUCAUCCUGGAUCCUUUGCUGGUCUUCUAUGACUGCUCCAGCAGCCCCCUCUCUGAGCACCUGCACCCCCAGGUAAUCGGGGAGAGCGUGUACGGGGACUUUGAGGAGGCUUUGGACCAUCUGCAGAAGAGACUGAUUGCCACCAAGAACCCCGAAGAGAUCCGGGGCGGGGGGCUGUUGAAGUACAGCAACCUCCUGGUACGGGACUUCAGGCCCACCAACCAGGAUGAGAUCAAGACUCUGGAGCGGUACAUGUGCUCCAGGUUCUUCAUUGACUUCCCGGACAUCCUGGAACAGCAGCGGAAGCUGGAGACCUACCUCCAAAACCACUUUGCCGAAGGGGAGAGGAGCAAGUAUGACUACCUCAUGAUUCUACGCCAGGUGGUGAACGAGAGCACUGUGUGUCUCAUGGGGCACGAGCGGAGACAGACCCUGAACCUCAUCUCCCUCCUAGCCUUGCGAGUGCUGGCCGAACAGAACAUCAUCCCCAAUGCCACCAACGUCACUUGUUACUACCAGCCUGCACCUUAUGUCAGCGACGGCAACUUCAACAACUAUUACGUGGCCCAUCCUCCGGUGACCUACAGCCAGCCCUACCCUACCUGGCUGCCCUGUAACUAGCCGUGAGACCUGAGGGUUUCCACAGGGGGACCCCCAUAGGCUAGGGCUCUCAGGUAGGGGAGCCUCCUUCUAGAUGUAGGUGUUUGGCUUUUAAAGGGGAACUCAGCUCUGAUUCUGCCUUUUUGUUGUUGUUGUUCUUUGCCCAUUGGAAUGGGUCAACAGUCUUAUCAUGAGCCAACCCUAAGAAGACCCAUUGUUCCAGUGCCACUUUGGAAACUGCUAUAGGAAGUCUGACCUACCUAGGCAUGUCCUUCUAAGACAGAUGCGACCCAGUCACGCCUCGCACUCCUUUGUGGGCACUGUGCACUCAUGGAGAUGGGGGAGAUGCUUGGGCUGGGUCUGAGAAAGCGUUUCUGCUGCCAGUCUUCUCACUUGUGCCUCACAGAAGCCACGUUGGCCCUCAUUUGGGAUUCUCAGGAAAGUUGUGCUGAUAGUCUAAGUGGUUUAAUUUGGGCAUGAAAAUUUGGGCUUUAAUUGGGCAGGAAGUGAGGGGUGUUCUUGUGACUUCAGUUGUGUUGAUGGGACUAAGUUGCUUACAUUUAUUCCCUUUCAGAGAGCUGAGAAUUUCUUUCAUUUCCCCCAGAAAACAAAGUCAGUCGCUGGAGAAUUGAGACCUAGUUGAAAGUGUUUUCUGGUUUAAAUGCUGGGCUAUCAUGAUGAAUUGUGAGAGAUUGCUGAGGAGAAAAAAAAAAAAAAAAGACAACCUGUUUCUUGAAAUGUAACUUGAAAAAGAUAAUAAAAUGUGGAACUUGAUGCUAAAAGUAAAGUGGUGGUGGGGGGCUAUUGUAAAUAGGAAACAUGAAUGUUUGGGGAAAAAAAUGUUCUUUAAAUAAGGAAUUCUUACUGAAUGACACUUUUCUUUUUUCAUUAGCUGAUCAAUUUUAUUUUGCUCUUCCUAAGAUUAAGGAUUGUGCUGAGUUGAGUGGUUAUAGGGACUAGCCUUUGGGUCUUCCAAUGUUUUGACUGGAAAUCCAUUUGGUUACUUUCUGAGUAUGACAUGCUGUUUAGGGGGGAAUGCUUUGGCUGUUUUUUUUUUUGUAUUUUGUGUGGGCCCUACCCCCCAAAAGCAAUAGUGAUUUCUUCUUUCAGGUUUUCUGACAGCAAGUGAAUUCAGGAACUUAGAUACAAAAGAGUGACCUACGGAAUGAGCACUAUGGACACUGUUGGUCAGCUUGAAGUCACCUUUGAGUUGAGCCUGCUGUCCCCUGACUCGAGCCUGGAGACAGAGGGUUGAGAUUUACUGGGGCCUCCUGUGCUUCCAAGCCCCUGGCAAGAAUGUGUUAGUUGAAGAAUUAAGCAAGUGGUCUUUCCUUAUUCUCAUCCUGGUGGAUGUGGUCUCACUUAUGUAUGUUCUGCACUUUAGAAGGAAAACAGUGUUAAUCUCUAGUCUGAAGCUUAGUAAAAGGAACCUUCCAAGCUUCUGCUUUCCCAGUAGGCUUAGAUUAGGGAUUUUGUGUUUUGAAACUUUUUGUGGAAUCUCUUAGAAAACUUCACUGUAGGAUAAUCAAGGGCCAAGAAACUCAGUAUUUGCCAGCCUGCUGGGUUUUUGAAGUGAUUUCAUCAAAACUAUGCUUUGGAUUUUAAUGUAAUCCUAUGGCCACAAAAGUCCCAUGCCCUGGGUAGCUGCAGUCUCCUUUUAAGCAACAAAGUUAUUGGAAUGCAAAAAUGCUUAGUAGAAAAUGAGUGGUUUACCUUUUUCCAAAGAUAUUUUCAGUGUUUGUUUUAUAUGUGUGUGUGUGUGUGUUUCUGAAAUGUGAUGUCUUCAUUCUCUUAAACGCAAAUUAGGCUGAAGCAAAACCCAUAGCUCAGUUGUAAUUCACGUCAUAAUCAUAGGUGAAACUAGAGCCACUUCUUAGUAUGACCAGUUCCUGUCACACUAAGGAGUGAGUCGUGAGCUGGAGUGAUAAUCGAUAGCUUUCAGUCAAGGACAUUUCUACAUGGAAUGGGACCCUGGGAUAUUUCAGUGUUAAAAGGGAGGGGCAGUGUUGAACGAAUACCAACUUUAAAAAUGUGACAUGGUCACCCAUGACCUCACAAAGCUGCACAAAAAUGACAGAUUUGUUAAACCAAAGCAUUGACAUGUGAUAAAGCUGCCAAAGAAGCACUUGAUAACAAAAGCCAGUAUUGCAUUUACUAGGAGAUAUAGAGAUAAGGGUAAUGAGACUCCAUACAGAUAGGAUGAAACCAUGUUGAACGAUUAGAUUUCCAGUUCCCAGAAGCCUCCUUGGAACUCUUUCUAUUUAUCUUUAUUUUUUAGUACUCUGGUACUCCUUGUCCUUUGGAGUUGGUCAGAGGCACGGACAUGGCUCCAAGUCCUUCAGUUCUUUCCUGUUGUGUGACGGCCAUUUUGGAAAACAAUUUUGUCACCUGAAGUUCUUAGUAGACCCAGCUAUUUUGGAGUGUGAGAAACAUAUGUUUUAGGAAAAUUAGGGUAAAGAGUUGCUGACCAAGGCUGCCUUUUGAAAAUACAAUCUCUGUCUAGUGGUUUCUAUAGCCUCUGUUUGCAUUUUGCCAGCCCCAGAAUAGAUCUUGAAUUUUGGGUGUCUGGAAAUCUCAACUGAAACCUGCCUUGCAUACUGCUCACAUAAGCACCAGAUACUCAGAAUUUGUAGAGUCCAGUGGUUCCUCUUUGUGUGUGUGUGUGUGUGUGUGUGUGUGUGUGUGUGUGUGUGUGUGUAUGUGUGUCUGUGUUGAGUAAUAUGAAACUUGGCAGUGACCUGGGGCACUAAAGUUCAAGUGUGAGCCCUUAUAUAAAUGCAGGCAGUCUCCUAGGCUUGGGGCAGUUUUCUGAUGCUUUCUACUGGUAUGCAGCUUUCUCCCAGUCUGAUGCUUGGGAUCAGUUUGAGUAGCUGUAGAAUUGCAGCAGUACCUUCCCCCCGUUCCUGGCAAAAAGGCCCACACCAAAUUCUUGGCCUUAAGCAUUGGUCUCACUCUUGAAUCUUUGGCAGUAAGACAUUAUUCCUCACUAAGUAACUUCAGCUUUGAAAUCAAACUGUGUUAGUAACAUUUUGAAAUCACAGUGCCUGCUGACUGCUUUGGGAAUGAGGCCUGACCCACACCUAGGAGGACCAUGCCGGGAGAGAUCCUGCUUUCCCAACAUAUUAAUGGUUUUGAUAGUUUGAUUUAGGAUCAACCCCUCCCAGUUUGAUUUUUUUUUUCUGAGCAUUUGCUUCAGAAUGCUGUGUGAACCUGUGUUUUGUGGUGACACUUCUGUGAACUGCUAAAGCCCCAAAUCUCCUUAUCUGCCCUCUAGUCUCCAGCCUCCAUUAGCUCCUUCCACCAUGGCAGAUUAGGAUUUUAACUGGGGUGCUUUGUUCACUGUGGAUAAUGGUGCCACUCUAAAGCCGCUCCCCAAAUUUAAAAAUAAUUCCCUUGUAGUUAACUUUCUGGUGCCUUGUUUUAGGAUGCAGCUAGAUUCUGAACUCAAGUGUCCUCUUCUGAGACUGAAUUUAUUUGUACUUUGCUGACUCACACACAUGGGGGGCAUUCUUAGUCAUUGAGCUGGGACUCUGACUCGGGAAGCUUCACUGGGUGGGUUCUACCAGGUAAAAAACCUUCCAGCAGCAAAGGUUAGAAUCACAUCCUUCCUCUGGCAGAGCCUGGACUGUCAGGGCUCUCUGGCUCACACUUCAUCUCAGCCAAUUAAAUUAAAUUCAGAGGGCCCAGGAAGGUGUGGAGGGAGGGGCUGCAUUUGAAAAGAUCUGGCAAACCACAGCAUUACUUGGACACUUCCAAGAGGAGGAUCAGGAAAGAAAGUGCUUUUUUGUGAGUUCAGGUUCUAAAUCGUGUUUACCUAUUACUUAAAAAAAAUAAAGUGUAAGCUAAAGAAAAUGCCUGGAGUGUUGCCUGGACCAAAUCAAGUUGGUGCAAAUUGUAUGUUUGCACAGAGAGGUGAGAAGACCAUGAAAGAGGAAGUCUGUAAAUAAUAGGAUCCUUGAGCAUUUCUUGCCUCAAGCCACCUGGCCUUUGUUCUUCCUUUUUAAUGGAUUAAAAAACAUGUCUUAGGAAAAUUGACUUUAUUUUUAUCCAUUCACAUCCAGAUUGAUCUAGAUAGAUGUUAAGAUGAACAUUAGGAUGAUCAUUAGACUUCAUUGGAAGGUUUUCUCAUUCUAUUUGCAUAGCCUGGGAAACUGAGGCUUCCUCUGGUGUUAUGGUGGCUGUUCCCCUGGGGUACAGGUGACAUCUCUUGUCAGUACAAAAUGUUAGAACUUGAUGCAUUUGCAUUUGAAAGCUUUGAGUUUGAGAAAUAAAUAUU